AUGCACGUAUUUAUAAAAAUAUUUCUUAUUCAUAUUUUUUUACAUGGCUUAGGUAUUUUUAAUAAUAAAUCAUUGUGCUUAAUAAGAAAGCCUGAAGUAAAAAAGUUUAAAUAUUACUUGAAUAAAGGAACAACAUACUUAAAUAAAUAUACAUAUUCUUACAUUUUUCAGCCUUUUUCUUAUAUAUUAUGCAAGAAGAAAUAUAUAAAUUUAAAAAAAAAAAAAAAGGUUUUUGUUUUAUCUGACAAUAUUUACAAUGAGUUAAGUGAUUCACAUAUAUACAAAAUAAGAAAAGAAUUAUCAGAAGGUGAUAUAAAAACAGUUUUUGAAAAGCAUAUAAUUAAUAAAGUUUUAUUUGAAAAUAUAAAUAAAUAUAAUAGUUUUUCAUAUAUAUAUACUAUUGAUGAUAUAUAUGAACAAAUAAAUAAAUUAUAUGUAAUAUAUGAAGAAUAUAAAAAAAAUGAAGGACAUAAAAAAUUACCAAAAUUAUUUGGCUUGCCAUUGGUAAUAAAGGAUAAUAUAAUAACGAAAAGUAUACCAACAAAAGCUGGAAGCAAAAUUUUAUCAAAUUAUGUACCUUCAUAUGAUAGUACAGUUGUAAAGAAACUAAAAAAACAUGGAGCAGUUAUAAUAGGAAAAACACAUUUAGAUGAAUUUGCUAUGGGUUCCUGCACAAAAGAAGUAAAAAAUCCAUUUAAUGAAAAAUAUCUGUCAUGUGGUGGUUCAUCUGGUGGAUCAGCUAGCUGUGUUGGUUCUAAAAUUAUUAACUGUUCAGUAAAUACAGAUACUGGUGGAUCCAUUCGAACUCCUUCUGCGAUGUGUGCAUGCAUAGGAAUUAAACCUACCUAUGGGAGAAUAAGUAGAUAUGGUAUAAUACCAUAUAAUGAGGAAACUGAUGUUGUAGGACUUAUAGCUAAUAAUUUAUAUGAUUGUAGUAUUUUAUUAGAUGCAUUAUGUGGAAAAGACAAAAAAGAUUUAACAAGUUUAAAGAAAAAGACGAAAUUUCAUCUCUUAUUAAAAAAAUAUUAUUCAUCACAGAAGUUUCGAAGUGAUUUUCCAUUAAAAAAUGUGAAAUUUGGGUUUUUAAGCAGUCAUGUUUUAAAAAGUUACUUUGUUGAUGAUAUUAUAAAUAAAAAUUAUGAAGAUGUAAUGAAAAAUAUUGAGUAUUUAGGUGGUAAAUUAAUAAAUAUAAAUUUAUAUAAAUUAAUUGAUUACUGUUAUAUAUAUUACAUAUAUUCUAUGACUAUAGCAAAUAGUAACAUUUCAAGAAUAAAUGGAGUAAAUUAUAAUAUUCAUAAUUUAAAUAAUGAAUUAAAAUUUAUUAAAAAAUUAAGAUCAAAUUUAAUUAGUGAGAAUGUUUUAUCAAGAAUAAUAGGUGGAUCAUUAAUUUCUUCAUAUUUUCAAAAAAUAGAUAUAAGAGAUAUUUUUUUGAGUAUAAAGGAAAAGUUGAUUACAACAUUAAAGAAAUUGUUUAAAGAAGUAAAUUAUAUUUUAUUACCAUCCUUUCCAAGAUCAAAUAAUUUGAAAGAUCACAUAAAUGAUUCAUAUUUACACAAUGCUUAUUUAAAAAAAAACAUUAUUAAUGAGAAUAAUUUUUUUAAAAAUGGCAUUAAUGAAAAUUAUCUAAAUACAAAUAAAAUAUAUAAAGAUAGCAUAAACAUAAAUAAUACUGAUAAAGAUAAUGGGAGUAAAUAUAAUAAAUACAUGAAAGAAGUAUUUUCUGUAAUAUCUUCAAUUACAGGAUUUCCUAGUAUAGUUAUACCAACAGGUGAAUUUACGAAAAAUUUUAAUGAACCAUUGUCUUUUCAACUUCUAAGUAGAAAUUUAAAUGAAAUAGGUUUAUUAAAAAUAGCCUUAGUAUAUAAGGAAAAAAUGAAUGUUAAUAAAAAAAUAUAUGAAAAUUUAAAAAAUUCUAAGAAUAUGUAG